UCGUAAAGGCGCACAUGCUUCCUCCUCCUCCUCCUCCUCUUCUUCUUCUUCCUCCUCCUCCUCCAUCAUCAUCAUCAUCAUCCUCAUCAUCAUCAUCAGUGCGCCGCUGCAGCAGUGCUUCCAAAGCUGCAGCAGAAGCUCCACAUUCGACUUUCUUUUCUCACACCGCGGAUUGUUCUGCCUUUUUUCGGGCUUCUUCUUCUACUUUGUGGCCUCUUCCUUGUCGCUCGGAAUCCAGCAGGACGUCGCUGAUUCGCUAUUGGCUGACUUUAUUGGCGCAGCAGGACACGCACAAGACAUUUGCACUCUUUAGGGGCUAAGGUGCCGACAGGAAGAGUGUGUGUGAGUGUGUUUGUGUGUGUGUCAGUGUGUGUGUGGGGGACCAAGACAGGACAGCAGGUCCCCUUCAGGAUCCUCAUCCAUUUUCAACAUUUUCUCCAACUUGAACCCCCAGACGAACAUUAGCAUGAUGUCAUAUUUAAAGCAACCACCUUACACAGUCAACGGCCUCAGCUUAACCACUUCCGGGAUGGACCUUUUACAUCCCUCCGUGGGUUAUCCAGCGACGCCACGGAAGCAAAGAAGAGAGAGGACUACUUUUACGCGCGCGCAGCUCGACGUCUUGGAAGCGUUGUUCGCCAAAACGAGGUAUCCUGACAUAUUCAUGCGCGAGGAAGUGGCGCUGAAAAUCAAUCUACCUGAGUCCCGUGUACAGGUGUGGUUCAAGAACCGGCGUGCAAAGUGUCGCCAGCAGCAGCAACAGCAGCAGAACGGCGGGCAGAACAAGGCUCGACCCGCCAAAAAGAAAAGUUCCCCGACCCGAGACGUGAGCUCCGAGAGCGGCGCCAGCGGUCAGUUUACUCCCCCCGCCAGCACCACCACAGUCCCGGCCAUCUCCACCAGCACGGCGCCGGUGUCCAUCUGGAGCCCGGCCUCCAUCUCCCCGCUCUCGGACCCGCUGUCCACGUCAUCGUCGUGCAUGCAGAGGUCCUACCCCAUGACCUACACGCAGGCCUCGGGCUACGGCCAGAGCUACGCGGGCUCCACGUCCUACUUCGGCGGCAUGGAUUGCGGCUCUUACCUCGCCCCCAUGCACCACCAGUUGUCCGGCCCGGGCUCGACCCUCAGCCCGAUGAGCACAAACGCGGUGGCCGGCCACCUCAACCAAUCCCCGGCGUCCCUCCCCACGCAGGGCUACGGCACGUCCGGCCUGGGCUUCAACUCCACGGCCGACUGCCUGGAUUAUAAGGACCAAGCCGCGUCGUGGAAGCUGAACUUCAACGCAGACUGCUUGGAUUAUAAAGAUCAGACCUCUUCGUGGAAAUUCCAGGUCCUGUGAAGACACGACGGACGCUCAUGAAACUCUCACAGGAGGAGAGUCCUCACUUCUUUUUUUUUUUUUUAAUUUAUUUUAGCACUGGCAAAGUUCUUCUCCUCACCUGUAGACCCUCAUCCAUGUCCGUCACACCUGUCGAGGAAAACAUUUUCCACCUGCGAGGCCACGGAACUAUCCCACAGGACAUGGAUGCACUACUUUAUUUAAGACAAAAAAGAAGUGUUUAUAAAGAAUCAAUAUGUAGUUUCUAAGAGACAAUCAGUGUGUGUCUUAUAUAAAUGGCGUGUUUUUUUAUCUGUGCUAUAGCCUUCGAUACUGUGAUCUGUUGUAUUGUAUGCAAUCUGUCAGACCCUCCACGCAUCACACUCUGCAACUUUUCGUGGGUAAGGGGGAGCACGCUAAUGAUUCAAUGAGACUUUCCAAGUGGUAUAGUAGUAAUGAUGGCGGGUUACACACACGCACACACACACACACACACACACACACACACACACACACACACACACACACACACACACACACACACACACACUUGUCCACUGGAUCUCAACAUGAUUGUGGGUUCCAAAGAUGCUGUGACCUCCCCCAUUGAAAAGGCAUGAAUAAUAACAAUAAAAAAAAGAAUAAGGUCCCAUGAUGAACUUUCAGUUAAUCACGUUAUGUGCUUGUCGUGGACGAAUGAAGCAAAUAGUGGAGUUAAAAUUGCUGAUUUUCAUUGAAAAUGUUGCGCAUUGGCUUUUUUUUUUUUUUUAGCAAAAUUGUCAUUUUAUGUUUUAUUUAAAUUGUAAAUUCAAAGUAAAUUACCUUUUUUCCCUUUUUUUUACAAUAACGCAGUAAUUUCAAUUUGGAGGGUCAUGUUUUAUUGCAAUAAUUUAAAUCCAGUAUUUUACUGUGGGGAAAAAGACUGUUAAAUGCUGCAGUGUGAACAUUUUUACAGCGGGGGGAGAAAUUGUUUACAUACUCAUUUCAAACAGCCCCAGCAUAAGGAAGGAAAAAAAACAUGCAGUGUUUAAUCCCAUAAAAAGAUGUUAAUUCCAUCAUGUUUGCCAUAGCAACAGAGUGCGCACAUUCAAUACCUAAGUAGGUUUAAAUAACACUCAUUUGCAUUUAUUGUGCACAAUCUUCUAAAAAAAAUUAGUAAAAAUACACCAUUUCAUGGCAUUCACAUAAUUUUUUCACAGUAAAAUACUGUAAUGAAAAUGUACUCCAACAUUACAACAAAUUACUGUAAAAAUUACAACACCAUACAUUUUAUAGUAAUUAACUGCUAUUUCACAGUAUAAUACAACAAUUAUAGUCCUGUGUAAUAUCACAACAAAUGACUGUUAACUCAAACUGAUUUGUCUCUGAAGGGUUUCUACGUUCCAGACAGUGGUGGUGUGCUGUUCCACCAAGAGAGCUAUUAACAAUAAAAGUACACUUACAGCAUUAAGUUGUAACUUUAAUUAAUCACAAAAUCACAGCUUUGCAGCCACAGUAAAUUGCCACAUUUUACAGUAAAUGACUGAAAAUGUUACUUUGAGUGAAUGCAAUUAUUUGUAAGUAAUGUGCUGUAAAUUUGCAAAGCCAAUGUUUACAAUGUAAACAUUUCCAUAAUGUGUAAAAAGGGAACUGACUCACUCACUAAAAGUCACUUGGACUUCCAAAGUCAAGAGUCAAGGAUGGCGUCUGAAGAAGGAGGGGGUGCUUGUGUUUAUCUACCUGCUAUACUUAAAAACUCCCCAACAAAGUCAGAGACUAUUAUGGGAUGUGUAAUGAGUCGACAUGGCUCUGUAGCAGGGCUAAUUGUUAGAAGUCCAACAUUCAAUUAGCAUCCUUGACAUUGCCAAUAAUCUCUCUUUCAUUGCAGCCUCCACUGGAGGAGAGCACUAAUUAAAAGCCUUGCUUGAAAUAAUCGAAGCGUUAAAAAAAAAAAAAAAAAAAGACAAGAGACACUUUGAUUUCACUCUGGACGCUCGUUAGUGCGCAUGUGUCAAUUCUUUACAAAGAAAAACCUCUAAGAGUCUUUCGAUUUCACCCAAGGGUAAAAGUGCAUGCAGGUCUGUCCACUAAUAUCCUGAGAAAGACGCAGUGCGUCGUUAUGGUGAUACACAAUAAAACAAUUGAAUUAGGAGACAAUAGCUGGACGCUUGAAUAUUCAUGAGUUGAAUCUGCAAUGGUGGGAACUACUACACUUUCUGCAAACAAAACAUUUAUUAUACUCCACAGCAUGCAUUCUAUAAGGGGGUUUCCCAUGAAUACCCGUUAUCAUGCAUGACAUUGAAGUUUCUUGAUUUUGAAACACAAUAUUGUGGUACAAGUUGGGCAACAACAACAAAAAGAAGUGCAUUGAUAGAUGCACUAAAUGACAACAUGUUAUUGUAACCCUGCAGCCGCCAGACCCUGCAAAGUGCACAAGUCAGAGGAGAGAUUAAAGAUGGCCUCCACAAUGUGUCAUAUGCAUACAAUGAGUUUUAAUCAAGACUUUAGCGGCAUAUGGACCCAACAGACGCUGCAUUAAUCCCCCCUGUGUUGGAGGGAGCGGCGGCUGGCUGCGCGGCGCCCCUCGGCCCCCGCAAUGGGUGCUGCUGCUGCUGCUGCACCGGUCAAACCAGAAGAAUGCGGCCUGCACAAGUGUGCAAUAGGGGAAUAUUAAAAAAAGGAACGAUAACACAAUUUAAGACAAUUGCAAGAAAGGGUAAAAGGAAUAAAUGGUUGAGUUGGGUUUUUAAAAACUUUUUUUUAGCAACUAAUGGGCAUUACAUAUUAUUUGGCAAAAUAAGGGUAAAGGUAAGAGAACUAGUUUUUUGUUAGUUUUUUAGGGGGAAAAGUUUUACUCACGUUUAUAUAUUAUUAUUGUAAAUAUGACAUUUAAAAAGUGACCGAAUAGCAAACAAGUAAGCAACGAUAAUAAUAAAGCCAUAUUUGCAAAUGUAAAUUAUUCUAAUGUAUGCUCCAAAAUUGUCAACUGUCUAAACUUGAGUGAGUCACAUUCACGUCGGUCUUCAUUGCCAGAUGCUGUCAUUAGAAUGAAAUCAAUAAGACUAAAUAAUGUGUCAGCAAAUAAAUAUAAGCAACAGUAAAUACACUAAAAAAAUAUUAGGUUUUCACAGCAUCAACAGUAUUUUUUUUUCAAAUUAAAUUGCUGUAAUCAAAAUGUACUGCAACAUUACAACAAAUGACUGUAAAAUCAUGGUCCUUAUAUUUCACAGCAAUAAAUUGGUAUUUCACAGUAAAUCUGCUGUGCAUUGUACUAAAACUUUAAAAUCAAACUGCUUUGUCUGUUAGGGGGUUCCCUACAUUACAUUGCACACUUGUGUACAGUAAGUGGUGAUAUACUGUUAAAACAAGGGAGUAAUUAAGGCUAAAGUUACAAUUGUGACGUCAUAGCAUAUAGUUGUCACUUUGUUGUAAUUAACCGUAACAGCUCUGCAGUUGCAGUAAUUUGCUGUAAAGAUAUUUUCCAGUAAAUUACUGUAAAUGCUACUGUAAAAAUAACAGCGAGUAAUUUGCUGUGAAUUUACAAAAAAAAAAAAGUAUACAGUGUA